AUGGCGGCUCUCAGCUCUAGUCUCGCUCGUGCUGAUGUGGCAAUCACAGAGGCGGCCCUCGCGGCCACCUGCUCGCACCGUUCCGCGUUCUCCUCCUUCUCCGGUCUGCGCGCCGCUCCACAAGGCACUGCCGCGCCUCAACUGGCGCAGAAGGCCUGUGCAGCGCGCCGAGCCGUCGUGAGGGCCGCCACCACAGUAGCGCCCACGUUCACGAAUCUGAGGCCGCUGGGCGACCGCGUGCUGGUGCGCAUCCAGGAGGUGGAGGAGCGCACGUCGGGCGGCAUCCUGCUGCCCACGUCGUCGCAGACCAAGCCGCAGGGCGGCACCGUCGUCGCCAUCGGCUCUGGCAGGACUCUGGGCGACAAGAAGGUCGCAGUCGACGUUCCCGAGGGCGGCAAAAUCGUGUACAGCAAGUACGCGGGCGUGGAGAUCGACUUCAACGGCGCGCCGCACCUGCUGCUGAAGGAGGACGACAUCGUGGGCGUGCUCGCCACGGACGACAUCGCGGACCUCAAGCCGCUCAACGACCGCGUCCUCAUCAAGGUGCCAGUCGUUGGCACCGUGGUUGCCGUUGGUCCAGGUGCACUGGGCGAGGAUGGUUCUAGGAAGCCUGUGGACAUAGCAGAUGGCGCCACAGUGCUCUAUGCCAAGUUUGCGGGCAAUGAGUUCAAGGGCAAGGGUGGCUCACCAUAUGUUGUGCUCAGGUCGUCUGAUGUCAUGGCUGUGCUUUCUUAG